CUGACACCACACAGCUGCAGAGAUGAAUAACCAAGGAGUUACCUAUGCAGAACUCAGUCAGGUUAAGGGUUUAAGAAGACAGCAAGUGAAAGCUAAGGGCACUAAAAGUGGCAUUUUGGGAACAGAGCAGGAAAUAACGUAUGCAGAAUUAACUCUUCAAGAUGCUUCUCGGGAUCUUCAAGGGAAUGGCAAGAACUACCAAUGGAAAGGGAAGCUCAUUGCUGGAAUCCUGGGAAUUAUCUGCCUUGUCUUGAUGCCCACUGUGGUCACAACAGCCGUUAUUCACUUUACUACAGAACCAGAGCAGAACAAGGCGUCUGUGGAAAUAACGACCCAGAAAGCUUAUCAUUGUGAUCACUGUCCAAAAGAGUGGAUUACAUAUUCUAAAACUUGCUACUACAUUAGCACUGAAAGAAAACCAUGGAAUGAAAGUCGGUUGUCCUGUGCUUCUAAGAACUCUACCCUGCUCUCCAUAGAGGAUGAAGAGGAAAUGUGUUUGUUCGGCUUCCUCAUUUAUUCUUCAUGGAUUAGUAGAGUUUCCCAGAAUAUCAAUAUUAAUCCAUCUCUGUGUCCAAAAGACUCUGCCUUCUUUCCUAAACUGUCAUCAGUUUUUUCAGCAACUGACAAGAACUGUCCAUUUUUCAACUUUGACUCAAACAUGAGAUCUUUUGAAAAUUGUUCAGAUCUAAAAAUAUAUGUUUGUAAGCAUUAGGCAUUUUAGUUACCUAAUUUUGGUAUAACUAUAUUUCACCAUCUAUAAAGAAGAUAUUUUUCAUUUCUUCAAAAGGCAUGCAAUUUUCCUAGAUAUUUUUCAGAUACUUUUUUUAGAACAAUUUCAGUUCACAACGUAAUUGAGAAGAAGGUAUAGAGUUAUCCUCCAUUGUCCCCGUACACACAUAUGUGUGGCCUUGCCCGCUAUCAACAUCAUUCACUAGAAUGGUUCAUUUGUUACCAAAGAGGAACCUGCAGGUUGCAUCAUAAUCAUGCAAAGCCCAAAGUGUACCUGAGGUUUCCCCCUUGGUGUCAAAGAACUGUUUUUCCAUCUUAAUUUUAUUAAUGUAAAAAAUAUAUACUCAGGUACAUAUUAUACAUUUCUUAAGCUUUUGUUAUAUGUUAAAUAAAAAAGUACAAAUUAUAAUAUGAAGCAAUGUUAUUGUGAAAUCUUCAAUAAGGUCAUCAACCCACUCAUAUUAUCAAGUGAAUUGAUUUAUCCUGCAAAUAAAGGUUGCAAAUAAGGAGCUGCAAAUAAGGGUUGAUGACCCUGGGUGGCAAGAUUACACACGAGAAUUGACUCAGGAACAGAAACCAGAGGAAGAUUGAUGUCAACCAUUAUUAU